CAGCCAAAUGCCGGUCUCUGGUCCUGAGAAAAGGUGUGAGCGGUUCAGUUUUAGCCUGGGAAGGCCGCAGAUAGCAACAGUGACAGAAAAGCCAAUCAAGAACCUGUUACAUGUCGGCAAAUUUGUUAGUUAUGUUUUGUUUUGGGAGUCAUGUUUUUGUCAUUUCCUGUUUUAUUUUGGUGAGGGUUUAGGGUUUCCUGUUGGCCUGCACUACGUCUACCUUGUCCUUGUCUUGUCUGAUUACCUUGAGUGUUUGCACCUGGUAUCACUCCCUGAUUGUCAGCACCUGGUCUCCUUUCCCUUUCCCCUUCUUAAGUCACUCACUAACCUUGUUCAUGUUUAGAGAGUAGAAUCUAAGGAAGUGGCAGGCACAGAAGGUGGUAAUAAGAGCAGAAGCAAGGCUGCGGCACAACACCCUGAACAGCCCCAGGGUAAAAGAGAAGAGCAGGCUGAGGCAGGAUGAAGUAUGUGCAGAAAUGGAGGAAGAACUCCACAGCAAGAUGGCAAAUAUGCACCAUCAUGGCACCGGGACCAGGGGAGAGUGUGCAGAACUGUGCAAAAUCCCCUGGCCAGAGCUCUGGAAAGCUGAACCACUGCACACCAAAUUCCUCAUCCAAUCGGCGUAUGACAUUCACUCGAGCCCAGCCAACCUUCACCUAUGAGGCAUGACGGACUCCUCAGCCUGCCAACUGUGCCUGAAGAAGGGAACUUUGGAACACAUGGCACCAUGACCAGGAUAUGGGCAGAUGCAAACUACACCGAAGACCAGCCCUCCCCAAACAAUACACCGCCUUCAUCAGGUCUGGGAGUGCGAGGCUGUUGGAGGGCUUCUUACCACCACCCGCCGCUCCCUGUCGAUCUGUGGAAACAGCUGAAGAAUCCAACACCACAUUGCAGCUACUCUCAGACAUCGUUCUAACAUUUGAAACAACAAAGCAGGUGGUCGUAUUGGAACUUCCCAUCCCCUAUGAAGACAGGAUUCAGGAAGAUCAUUUGUGGAGAAGAGCAAAGUAUGCACAGGUCAUAGUCGAGGAAUGGUUGGAGGCACUCACUGACAUGGUUUCUCACACUCCUUGGGAAAAGAGGACUGCAAAGAAAGAAGAACCCUGCUUAACAUUAUGGAGGCAGCAGAAAACACCUAUGGGUGGGUGUGGAUCCAGAGGGGGGAGAUCUGUGGGUAAAUGCACAGCUUGGACAGAAGUCAGGAUCUCAUCACCGCUGGCUGGGUCGCAUGGGUUGCCUUUAAAAAGCAAUACAUUGUAUUGAGACAUUGCAACAUAGUGAUGUUGCAGCAGUUCUUGCUGCGUCCGCAGAAUUCAACAGUGCUGUAUGGCACGGAUGCAAGCUUCCAAGCCGAGGUGGGUGGAAGCUGGCAGGUCAUGACCUGGCAGGUCCGAGGGUUCCUGGUUCUCACUGUCCCUGUGGAUGACAACGUAACCUCAUCCUCAGAGCAGUUUUCUGCCAGAUUCUGCUCGGCCGGUGACACCCGCUGUGUGGAGUUCACCAUCCACAACGUCACCCGCAGAGAGUCUGGGCCGAUCAUGUGCACUGUGCAGGGGGAGUACGGAUCGAAGACUGCACAGCUUUAUGUUGAAGAAACUGGUACAAUCAACAUCCUGGGAGGGAACGUGACUGUAACACAGGACCAGGAGGUGGCGUUCCAGUGUGUAACCACCGCUUGGUUCCCUGCACCCACUAUAACCUGGACACUGAAUGGACACGCUGUGGACAGCAGCCUGCCCAACACCACCAGCGUGGCAGAUGGGGAUUCCUUCAGCUCCACCAGCAUUCUCAAAUUACAUGCAGUUGGCGACACCGUAGUGGCGUGUCAUGCAACUGUGCCAACAUCAACAAACCCACUAUCCAGUUCCGUCUUCUUGGUAGUUGUUCCUGACUGGACUGUGCUGAUCGCUGUGGUCCUGUCGUUUGGAUGUUCCGCUCUGCUGGUUUUGCUCAUCCUGGGAAUCAUCUUCUGCUACAAACGCAGAAAAGAAAAACAAUCAAGCUACCAAGAUGAAAUGAUACGCAGAGUAAGGACACAGAGCCAGAUAAGUAGUGUCAGUGUGCCUGGACAGAGCCGGGGUCAGGUGAACACAGGGUUUGAACUGGAGGGUCAAACAAGUGUCCGAGCUCCGAGUGAACUCUCGGACCACAGCUCGCGCAGGGAAACUGUUUAUGCGAUGCCUGAUAUUAUCAACAAUAACCAGGCAGUUAAUAUCAACGUUUAUGGCAUCAACUCUGUGAAUCCAUCGGGCAUCAGGAAACACAGACAUGUUACCUUAGUGUAAGGACGGACAGAAGACUGCAAACAACACACCUGCACUCGCUUCUCUGAAGCUUAAAGCAAACCAUGGAAUGUAAAGACUGUAGAAAGGUGGGAAGACUGAAGGCUGGACUAAAGUCAAUGUUCCCCGUUUGUCUUGACGUUGUAUUGGCAGAACGUACGAUCGGAAACGAGUAGAACACAUUUUUUUUGGAGUCUUCUAUAAAUCGUUGAGCCUUUUUGCACAUCGGACAUUUUGACAUGUUUCAGCAGUAAAAAAAAAAAACAUUUUACUGAUCACAGUAAGAAUGGACCUGUCCAGUUUAUGUACGUCAGUACAGUGUGACAGUGAACCACCAUGGAACUGACAAAGCUAAAUGGAAUAGAGUGGAAUGGAAUUUUCCAACAAGGAACAAAUGAAUGACAAACAACUGAUGCUACAUUUGACGUGAAACUGUUUCCAUAUGGGGGACGAACGGGUCUGGGUCUACAUCUAGUUUAUAUUAAACCAUAGAUUUUUAUCUUUUGUUAUGUAAUCCAUAUUAAAUUCUUCAAAUAAUUCA